UUCCCUUCAAUAUUGAGUCUUGAGUUGAAACAGAAACAGAGCCUUGUUCUGCAAACGAUGAUGCCCUGUUUUAUAUCUUCUUCAACGGCCAAAACAAUCUCUAAAAUCCCACUUCAGUUAUCAAGAUUUAGACCCUUUUCCCACAUACCCUUCUCUGAUUAUACCAAACAAAGUUUCACAUAUGAUCACAAAAACUCUGCUUUCACCCACCAACAAUCCCCAGCAGAAAUGGAAAAGAGCAUAUACAUAAUGCUGACUCUAGACCGCUGGGACUCACUAAACCACAUGGAAUACAGGUUAGCUUCACUGAGGCCAGUCCAUGGGAGGCUAACUUUGAAAUUUCUCAACUGGGUCAUUAAGCAACCUGGUUUGGAACUCAAUCACCUUACUCAUAUACUCUCCAUCUCUACUCAUAUACUUGUGAGAGCUAGAAUGUAUGAAGCUGCUAAGUCAAUUUUAAGGCAUCUUUCUAAAUUGGGUGUUGGUUCAAAAUCUGUUUUUGAUGCUUUAAUGAACACUUACCCACUUUGCAAGUCCAACCCUUCAGUUUUUGACCUUUUGAUUAGGGUUUAUUUGAGAGAAGGAAUGGUUAUUGAUGCUUUAGAGACUUUUUAUUUGAUGGGUUCUAGAAGGUUUAACCCUUCUGUUUAUACAUGUAAUAUGCUGCUUAGUUCAGUGGUAAAGGAACGGAGGGUUGGGUCGGUUUGGUCUUUUUUUAUGGAAAUGCUAGCUAGGAGGAUUUGUCCAAAUGUUGCUACUUUUAAUAUAUUGAUUAAUGUUUUGUGUGUCGAAGGGAAGCUUAAGGAAGCUGGUUAUCUUUUAAGAAAGAUGGAAGGGAGUGGUUAUGUUCCAACUAUAGUUACUUAUAAUACUAUUCUUAAUUGGUGUUGCAAGAAGGGGCGAUAUAAAGCAGCCUCUGAUUUGAUUGAUAGAAUGGAAUCUAAGGGUAUUGAAGCAGAUGUCUGCACAUAUAAUAUGCUCAUUGAUGAUUUGUGUAAAAACAACAGAAGUGCAAAAGGGUAUUUACUGUUGAAAAAGAUGAGAAAGAGGAUGAUAGCUCCUAAUGAAUUCACUUAUAAUACUCUAAUUAAUGGACUUAUGAAAGAAGGAAAGAUUGGAGGUGCUACUCGAGUUUUUAAUGAGAUGUUGAUGCUUAACCUUUCACCAAACCGUGUUACUUACAAUAUUUUGAUUGAUGGGCAUUGUGAUUGUGGUAAUUUUGAACAAGCUUUGAGGCUUUUGGAUGUGAUGGAAGCAAAGGGACUAAGGCCUGAUGAAGUUAAUUAUGGGGCUCUUUUAAGUGGGUUGUCCAAGCUUGCGAAAUUUGACAUAGCCAAAAGCCUUAUGGAGAGAAUAAGAAUGAGUGGGAUGGUUGUUGGCUACAGAGCAUACACAGCCAUGAUUGAUGGGUUAUGCAAACAUGGAUUGCUUGAUGAGUCUUUGCAAUUGCUUGAUAUGAUGUUCAAGGAUGGUGCAAGUCCAGAUAUUAUUACAUUUUCUGUGCUCAUAAAUGGAUUUUGCAAAGCAGGAAAAAUUAAAAAUGCAAAGGAAGUGAUAUGUAAAAUGUUUAAAGCUGGACUUGCACCAAACUAUGUCAUAUACGCUACUUUAAUUUACAAUUCCUGCAAGAAGGGUGAUAUCACAGAAGCAUUCAGGAACUAUGCAACAAUGACUCGCACUGGCCAUGAUGUGGACUAUUUCAUCUGUAAUGUGCUGAUUUCUUCUCUUUGUAGAGCUGGAAGGGUAGCAGAGGCAGAGGAUUUUAUGCGUCAUAUGAGCACAAUUGAUCUUGCCCCUAACUCCAUUACUUUUGAUUGUAUUAUAAAUGGAUAUGGAAUUUUGGGUGAUGCCCUGAAAGCAUUCUCAAUGUUUGAUGAGAUGAUUAAAUUAGGUCAUUGCCCUAGUCAUUUCACAUAUGGUAGUCUGCUUAAAGGGCUAUGCAAGGGUGGAAAUUUGAGGGAGGCAAAGAAAUUACUGUAUAAACUUCACCAUAUUCCUGCUGCUGUUGACACUAAUAUCUACAAUACAAUUCUCACUGAGACAUGUAAACGGGGGAAGUUGUCAGAUGCAGUGGCCCUUUUUGGUGAAAUGGUCCAGUUUAAUGUGCUGCCUGAUAGUCACACAUAUGCUAUCAUUCUUGCUGGGUUAAGUAGGAAAGGCAAAAUGGUGCCUGCUCUUCUUUUCUUUGAAAAAGCACUGGCAAGAGGAACUCUGUCCCCAAAUAAGGUCAUGUACACUAGCUUGUUUGAUGGUUUGUUCAAGGUUGGUCAAUCAAAUGCUGCUUCAUAUAUUUAUGAAGAGAUGGAGCACAAAGGCAUAAACCCAGAUACUAUUGCAAUUAAUGCAGUACUAGAUGGAUACUCAAGGAUGGGGAAAAUGGAAAAGGUUGAAAAGCUCUUCAUAAAGAUGCAGAGUGGUAGUCUGACCCCUAGCUUGGCUACAUAUAAUAUUCUCUUGCAUGGGUAUUCAAAGAAAAAGGAUUUGUUGAAAUGCUCUAAAUUCUACAAUAUCAUGACAAGGAUGGGUAUUUCACCUGAUAAACUAACUUGCCAUUCUAUCAUUCUUGGGCUUUGCAAGUCUGGUAUGCUGGACGUUGGUUUUAAAAUGUUAAAGAAGAUGAUCAUGGAAGAUACUUUAGUUGAUCAACUUACACUUAACAUGCUCAUCACGAAUUCAUGUGAAACUGAUAAAAUGGGAAAGGCAUUUGAUCUGUUGAAUAUUAAGAAUUUACUUGGAAUUAUUCCUGAUGUAAAUACUUACAAUGCCAUCUUUACUGGACUCAACAGAGCCUCUGCUCUCCGAGAAUCUCAUCUUCUUUUGCAUGACAUGUUGGAGAGGGGUAUUACUCCUACAAGCACACAGUAUAUUUCAUUAAUUAAUGGUAUGUGUAGAAUGGGGGAUAUACAAGGAGCAUUCAGGCUAAAAGAUGAAAUGGAAGCAAUUGGUGUCAGUUCCUGGGAUGUUGCUGAGAGUGCUAUGGUAAGAGGGCUUGCCCAGUGUGGGAAGGUUGAAGAAGCCAUGCUGGUUCUUGAUUGCAUGCUUCAGAAGCGGCUCAUUCCAACCGUCGCUACUUUUACAACUCUAAUGCACAUGCUCUGCAAGAAAGCUAAACUGUCUGAGGCUUUAAAGUUGAGGGGUAAAAUGGCGCUUUAUGGGGUGAAACUCGAUGUUGUUGCAUACAAUGUUCUCAUAUCAGGCCUUUGUGCUGAUGGUGAUGCUUUGGCUGCAUUUAAUCUGUAUGAAGAGAUGAAAGAAAGGGGCCUUUGGCCCAACACCACAACCUAUUGCACUCUCAUUGAUGCUAUUUCCACCAAUGAGGUUAGUCUCGUAAAGAGUGGAAUUCUUUUGAAGGAUUUGCAGGAGAGGGGAAUGAUAUCUUGGAAUUUUAAUGGAAGCACAGAUGAGGGUUUGAUAACUGCCAUGAAGAAUUUGAAGUCCUUGAGGCACAACAGAAGGAAAUGAUGCAAAAAUCUAGUGGAGUAGUAAUGUAAUUGGGCUGGGAAACAAAGAUUUAAGCCGCUUUAUGGAGAGCAGAAGAGGCUGGAAUGAACCUCCAUUAUCUAUCAGUUGUGCUACUCAUUAUUGGUGAAAUACAUUGGUCACACUCAGAUAUAAUGGUAGUCACAUAAUAAAUAUCCUUUAAGACAAGCUCUUAAACUAUGCCUUGACAUGUGGAAUGUGGUGCCUUUUAGAGAUUGGGGGCGUUGGUCUUAAUGUUUGAGGCUUUUAGCAAUGCCAACUUGAAUGUAGGUGCUUGUAGUACAACAUGCCACUGGAAUUUAUUGAAAAUGUUCUUACUUGAUUGAUUAGUUGGCGGGAGGUGCUGGAAAUUGGAACUUGCAGAAUCAACUUGAAAAUGCUCUCAUGUGGUUUAUUAGACAGUUGACAGGGUGAGGUAGAAGAAAGAUUGCUAGUGUAUCUUGAGCAAUUUGAGAAACUGGUGGGCAUAUUAAAGCAUAGAAUGUAAUUUCUCAAAAAAUAAAAAGAAGAAGAAGAAGAAGAAGAAGAGGUUAGAAUGUUACAGGGUUGGAACAAAAUUGAAGUUGAGGGUGGAGCCAUGUCCUCCCUGCAUGUGGGUGUCAUUAGCAACUCUCUGGCACAUGCAGAAUAUCCAACAUAAAUUAGCAGGUCAGGAUUUUCUAAUCAGCACGGCCAUGUGGCCUGCAAAUCAUAUCAGGAUUGGUGAUCUAUGCCACGGCAAUAACCAACCAAUUUAUCCCGGGAAGAACAGCAAAGGUGGAGGAAGCAGCAUUUUGCCAAGGAGAGAUGAAGAUGGCUUUCGAGGGAACCAAAUCAAAGGUGUCUGAAUCAUUUUCUUCAAUUUGCAUCAUAUAAUGGAAUCAUGAGGAGGAGAUUUUCAUAAAAAAAUUGUUGACAGGGUACACCUUUCAAUCAGGCAAAAUACAAGUAUUGUUACAGGCGUGGCAGACAGAAUCUAGCAAUAUCAAAAGGGAUAGAGUUGCUAUGAUUGACUUUGUUGACAUUAAUUGCACUCGUGUUGUUAAUUUGAAAGGCAUAUUUCUCUAUAUUAUUAACACCCCCCAAAAAAAAAAUUUAUACAGCUCUCUUUCACGUUCUCCUACAGGUUCCAUCAGAAUGAGGAGUAAGAGAAGAACAUCUACAGAGGGUUAUGCUUGAUAGGAGUAGAAAUAGGAAAGCAACAGGGUGGCUCUGAAUUCUGAUGGAGAAAACCAUUAUUAUUGUUAUUUAAAUAAAUUAAAAGCAUAUCCCCAAAAACACCAAACUUAGAAUUGUUUAUCAGAUCUAUAGAUCACAGUUCACAUUCUGAUGGAGAAAUAUAUGUUGUAGGUAUCUAUGGAUUAUCACUGAGCACCAUGAAAUCUUUCUAUUUUGUCUA